AUAUUUUUCCCCAGACACAUGGACAACUUAAAGAAAAGAUUGGAAAUAUGCUAAAAAGGUAAUAAACCUAUGUGUAUGAAAUGAAUUAGAAAGCUUGUACCUGCUAGGAGUAAUACAAUGCUGUAACUAAGUUCAGGAAGACUCAAGCUCCAAAACAUUUUAAAUUUAGGUUCUGUCCAACGUCAUUCAGUUCUGCAUCCUUUAUGGCCCUCCAGAGGUAGUUUAUGAACGAGAGUCAAGUACUUUUUUGGCAUAUUUCCAUCUGGGCAUUCUUUAUCGAGUCCUUAGCCUUCUCUUCCUCCUCUGUCUCAUUAAAUUUUCUUCUCUGUCAAUCACGGCCAUCGCCACAAGUAGCUCGGGGAAUCGUAUGUUGAGGGAUCUUGAUGAGAGAAAAAAAUAAGUUCGAUAGAUCUAUAUUAUAGUACAGGACCCCGAUUAUAGUACAGGACCCCGAUGUACUGUUCUACAUUCGAUGUUCAGGCAUCGCAAAAAUGUAAGAAGGACAGGCUGACGGUGAUGCAAGGAAAGAAGGAGUUGAAGCGCUUUUGUGGCGAAGGUCGCAAAAGUUUCACUUCUGAUUCCAGCGAGCUGGAGAUCGUAUUCAAGAGCAAUCGGUGGGUGUCCAAGAAUGGCUUUGAGUGUACUGUUCGGAAGGUGAGUCAAGACACCUCUGAAGGAUCCUGGACUAACACCCAGUCUACCAACACCUACAACCCCACGACCACGGCCAAGCCCACGAACAAGCCCGAAACCACCAAGGCCCCCACUCAGCCUACUGGCGACGGGAAAUGUGAGUGUGGAGUGCCCAACCUAAACCGCAUUGUGGGAGGUAACACCGUGAACCCUGCACACAAGUAUCCGUGGCAUGUGGGCCUCAAGAAGAGAAACCAUUUGUCAUACUGGUGCGGCGGAACCAUCAUCAAUAACAAGUACGCCCUCACUGCCGCUCACUGCUUCUUUAACAAACAAGGCGAACGAGAAUCUGACGAAGGGCUGGUGGUGGGCGUGGCUGACCAUGACAUGACGACCACAUCAGACGAUGCUUCUGGAGUGACGCGCUUGGUCAAUGUGAAAAACGAUAUUCUUCAUUCCAAAUACGAUCCUAAAGGAUACGACUAUGACAUGGCACUGCUGCAGCUGGAGGAGACACUUGACUUCAGCAAAAACAAGGAGCUUUGCGCCGUGUGUCUGCCCAAGGAUGACUCCAAGAAUUACGCAGGGAUGAAGGGCAUCGCCAGUGGUUGGGGGCGACUGGUGACAGACGGGGAUCAGCCAGACAAGCUGAAGGAGGUGGUGCUGCCCAUUCUGGACGCGAAGUGCUGGAACUACCAAAUCAGUGAGAGGAUUUUGUGUGCCGCUGACCAGGAGGGCAAAAAGGAUACAUGCCAAGGGGACUCCGGCGGACCGCUCUACGUGCAGGAAAGCUCCAAGUUCGUUCAGGUCGGUGUAACCUCCAUCGGCUUCGGUAAUUGCGCCGAGAAAGGCAAGCCCGGAGCCUACGCCAGGGUGUCCAAAUUCCUUGACUGGAUAAAGGAAAACACUGCUGAUGGCACUUACUGUCAGUAGUGGAUUUGGCUCCGCCCAUUCCCGCUACUCCAUUUCCUACCUAGUAUGCACAACAUGCCUACGGCUUUUUCACUUUUUAAGAGAUGAA